AUCGCUUUCUGCAAAAUGCCUCAGUCGCAGCAGAACAAGGAUAAGCAUGGAGUCGACUGCGACUAUGCCUACGCCAAAGAGAGCAGCUGUCAUCGUCGUCUCUUUGUCUGCAUAGCCAAGGCUAUCAAACAAUUCAUUGAUCUCUGCAACAAUUUAAGCAUCAACUGCAACAACACAGCCGCAGCAGCAGCAGGACCAACAACAACAGCAGCAACAACAACAGCUUCAGCAGCAGCCAACUCCAACUCCAACUCCAAUCACUCCUCGAAUGCCAGCAAAUCAAAUUUUCAUGUGAACAUCAAUACACAGCAGCCAACAACAACAACAACAAUACCAACAGCAACUUCAGCCACAUCAUCAUCAUCAUCAGAAGCAGCAGCAGCAGCAGCAGCAGCAUCAUCAUCAUCAUCGUCGUCGUCAUCAUUGCCCAUUAGGCGUCACAUUUCGCACACGACAGCCGUCAAGUUUCUGUAUGCCCGUAAAUUUGAUAUACCACGAGCCGUAUCUCUCUACGAGCAGCACGAGCAGAUACGCCAGCGGGAAUACCUUUACAACAUUGAUGCCAAUGUGGAGCCGUUGCGCUCCGAGCUGCAAACGGGCAAAUUCACAAUAUUGCCCGCCCGCACAUCGAGUGGCGCGGCCAUUGCGCUCUUCACGGCCAAUCGGCACAGCCCGUUGAAUGCCUCGCAUACGACCACAUUACAGGGUAUCGUCUAUCAGCUGGACUGUGCGCUGCAGGACACGGAAACGCAGCGUGCGGGGCUUGUUUUCAUCUACGAUAUGAGCGGCUCCAAAUACUCGAAUUUCGAUUAUGAUCUAUCCCAGAAGAUUCUCACGCUGCUCAAGGGCGGCUAUCCGGCACGGCUGAAGAAAGUGUUGAUUGUGACGGCGCCGCUGUGGUUCAAGGCGCCAUUCAAGAUACUUCGCCUGUUUGUGCGCGAGAAGCUGCGCGAGCGGGUGUUCACUGUAUCGGUGCCGCAGCUGAGCCUGCACGUGCCGCGCAAGGCGCUGCCUGUGCAUCUUGGCGGCACGCUGGAAAUCGAUCACGCCACAUGGUUGCUGAAUUGCCGCAAAUCGAUGACGAAUCGUGAAGACGAACUGCUUGCCAAUAUUGUCGGCGUGGGCGUGGGCGUGGGCGUGGGCGUGGCACCAGCAACAACAGCAACAACAGCAACAGCAACGACAGCUUCGGCCACAGCGUCGCCGUUAACGAACGGCAGCAGCGCUGCCAGCGCCGUAGCAGCCACAAUCAUCAGCGCCGUGCACCAGUUGGCCGAAAGCAACACAACCGUUGUCACCGUCAGCGGGGAGCACGGCAGAACGGGCGCCGGCAGCGGCAGCAGCGAGGAAUCGGAGCCCAACGAGAACAUCACAAUCAACGGACUGAGUCCCAGCCAUCGGACGGCGGCCGGCUCUCUGCUCAAGCUAAAUACUAGCGGCAUUCAGCAGAGUAACGGUACUGCUGCAGGUAACAUUGCUCCGACAGCAGCAGCAGCAGCAGCAGCGGCAGCAGGAGGAACCACAACAACAACGGCAGCAGCAGCAGCAGCAACGGCAGCUGACAGCGCUGUCAAUGGCAGCGCCGCUGGCGUUGCCAGCAACGGCGAAUUCUGGUCGGAAAAUCCGCCGAGCAGCGCCUCAUCCGGCUUCAGCGACGAUGACAGCCUGGCCGGACAGGAGGGUGAUCCGAAGACGAUCGAACAGAUCGUGCAAAUGGUGCGGGAGCGAGGACGCCAGGGCCUGAUCAAGGAGUAUACGGAAAUAAGGAAUCGGGCGCCCGAGGGCACCUUCCUGCAUGCGCGCAUGCGCAACAAUCUGACCAAAAACCGUUACACAGACGUCCUCUGCUACGAUCACAGUCGCGUGGUGCUGGCGCACGAGGAUGAGGACGACCUGUCCGAUUACAUCAAUGCCAAUUUCGUUGAUGGCUACAAGCAGAAGAAUGCCUAUAUUUCAACUCAAGGUCCAUUACCAAAGACAUCCCAGGACUUUUGGCGCAUGAUCUGGGAACAACAUUGCUUAGUUAUAGUUAUGACAACGCGCGUGAUGGAGCGCGGACGUGUUAAGUGCGGCCAAUACUGGGAGCCGACUGAAGAUAGUUCCUUGGACUUUGGCAAUUACCAUGUGCGAACCAUUAGCGUCGAGAGCAAUGAGGACUAUACCGUUGCAUCCCUAGAAUUGAGAAACCUAAAGACUGACGAAAUUCGCAAUGUGUCACAUUGGCAGUUCACCAGCUGGCCGGACUAUGGUGUGCCCAGCUCUGCGAUGGCGAUGCUGAACUUCCUGCAGAAGGUGCGGGACAAGCAGGCGCAGCUGGUGCGCGCCCUCGGCGAUACCUGGGCCGGUCAUCCGCGCGGCCCGCCCAUUGUGGUGCACUGCAGCGCUGGCAUUGGACGCACCGGCACCUUCAUUACGCUGGACAUCUGCAUAUCACGUCUGGAGGAUGUGGGCACGGCGGACAUACGCGGCACAGUGGAGAAGAUCCGUUCGCAGCGCGCCUACUCCAUACAAAUGCCGGAUCAAUAUGUGUUCUGCCAUCUGGCGCUGAUCGAGUACGCCUAUUCGCGGGGCAUGCUGCAGACGGUCGAUCUGGCGGGAUUCGAUGAGCGGGAACAGGAUUCCGAGUAGGGCUUUAACACACACACACACACACACACACAUACGUAUAUAUAGACACACAGACACAAUCCAAAUUGUAGCCACAAGGAAUACAUAUUGUAUACAGAUUACUUAUAUAUUAUGAUCAGCUUUUUUUUUUUUGAUAACUAUUAUUUUAUAAAUAUAUAAUAUUAUAUUAUUAUUAUUAUUAUUAUUAUUAUGAUAAAUUGCAAAUGUAAUUUUGUAUUAGCUGCUACAUUAGACAAACGAUCUAUGUUUAUUUUGUAAUAAUAAUCUUUUUUUUUUUAACAUACCUAUUAUACACAAUAUAUAUAUAGAGAGAAAGAGAGAGAGAGAUAGAGAGAUCGAGUUGAUGUAUAUGAAAAGGAUAGAGCAAGAGCAAGAGCGAGAUCGAAUGAUGCGAGUUCAUUGAUAAUUGUAAAAUUGAGACUAUUUCUGUGUGUGUUUCUGAUAAUUAUAUAAUAUUGUUUAAAUUUAAAUGUGAAAUGUGAAUUGUAAAAAUGAAAAUGCAAAGGAAAAUGAAUGUGUAGCUGCAACUGUGCAAACAAACUUAGUGCUAAACCAUUUAUGACACACACACACACACACGCAUACAUUCUGUACAUUUGUGUGUUGUAGCUGUAAUUUAUCGAAAGCUCUAUAUAUAUAUAUAUGCGUAUAUCAUAUAAUCGUAAAUGCUUAGUGCAUACUACUUGAAGGCAUAUAUUGAUAUACACACCCAAACACACACAGAGACACUGGCAUACCUACGUAGUAUGUAUAUGUAUAUGUAUUUGUAUUUAUACCAAGUUUUAUGUAAUGUACGUAAUUAAUAUUUAAAAUGCAUUAUUUGAUAGCAUCAUUACAUGAUUCGUGAAAAUGAAGCUUACAUUAUUAUUAUUAUUAUUAUUAUUUUUUUUUUUAAAGCAACAAACACAAACAGAAACCUAACAAUUGCCCUGCCCUAGCCCACUCUAACAACGCCCCGCCCCUUCCCUAGCCUUGGCAACGCCUCUAAUAAACAUGAAUUCUAAUUGUAAUGUACAUUUACUUAAAUUAAAUUAAAUUAAAAACUGAAAACAACAACAAAACUUAAACAAAAUACGCAAAAACUAGAUAAAAAUAAAAUUAAAAGGAUAAAAAACUAAAAAAUAAAAAAAAAACUAAAACGAGAAAAAUCAAAUAAAAUUUAACAUUGCUAAUAACAUGAAAAACAAACAAACAAAAGAGAAACAACAACAAAACAAAAGAGCAACAACAAACAUUUAUUUAACAGGCCGACUAAAGUUAACUAUAAGCAAAAGCUGCAUGAAAGAUAAUUAAGAUAAUUCAUUCAAAUGACGCUUAGAUAGAAAUGUGGCAAAGUACAACGAAAGGAACGGAGCGCGGGCAGGGCGCAACAUACGAACGGAAACGGAAGCGGAAGUGGAAGGGAAACGGAAACGGAACCGCAAAUGAUAAGGGUAAUGGAUGCGGAAACGGAAAUGGAGCCCCAAUCCGAAACAAAAACAAAUUCACAGAAACGAAUAACAAGUUGAUACCGUCCGGCGGUAAAUCGGAGUAAAAUAUCAAAGUCAAUAAAUGUUAAAAUAUUGCAUUAUAUAAGAAUAAUUAGAAAGUGCAGCUGGAUUGACCACGAAUGUUUUUUUUGUUUUUUUUUUGUUUUUGUGUAAUUUUUGUUUAUAAUGUAAUUCAAAUAAAUCAUUUUUUAAUUUUAUAAAACAACAAAUAGAAUGUCUAAGCAGAUUGCUGCAAAAUUUCCUACAAUCAACUAAAAAUAAAUAUAAAUAAAUAAAUAAACCUAGUUACAUAGGCAAGCAUACAUAUAUAUAUAUAUAUACCUAGAUAUAUAUAUCUUGGAGAUAUCUGAAAUUUCUAAGAAUUGUUCAACCUUGUUUCCCAUACACACUGAUUAACAGUUACGCAACAGCAUUAUCUGAACCACCCCGCUCCCUCCCUCCCCCACACAAAACUGUCUGAACUGUUGAACCCACCAGGCCACGUCGUGAAGAAGAGGAAGAAGUAAACUCGUCUGUACCAAAAUUUCAAGCGCUUUGUAAGAAACACGUUAAAUAUAAGGAUGCAAAAUAAAUUAUAAUAAAUUAUAUAUAUACAUACAUAUAUAUUAAAAUAGAGAAAUGGAAAAAGAAAACCGUCUUACUAGCUGUUUAAUUGUUAUAACAUAAAAUGUGUUUUUUUUUAUUUUUAUUUUUAAAAAAUUUUUUUCAAUUCUUUUUCUUUGCUUUAUCAACGUGUAGCAGUAAAUUUAUUGUAUUUGUAGUGGAAUUUUUAAUAAACAAUUUUACGAAGUAAAAGAUGGAGCUAUGCGAGGGAGAAGAAACAAAGAAGAUAAAAAACAAAAACACAUACACCCAUGCAUAUAUGUAGAUAUAUAUGCAUGUGUAUGCAACGCCUUCUUUUCUAGAUACAUUCAGACAGUCAGCGAAAGCGAAGAUAAAGUGAAAGCAACUAAAAUCAACAUAUUUUGUAUUACCUUUUUAAAUGCUAAGAAACCAAAACAAAAAGACAAAAAUUGCAGAUGAGGAAAUUUAAAAUGAAAUAAUAUUUAGGUAUAUGUAGUUGUGCGUGAAAAAAGAAGACGAAAUUUGAACUAAUCGGGCAGCUUUUUACAUACAAAUAGAUUAUUAAAAAAAAAAAAACAACAAUAAAAACAUAAAAUAAAAAACUGAAAAUUUUGUGUAAAAUUUGUAAAAGCAAAUAGAACUAAAAAAGUAUUACUAAUUCUAAGUAUGUAUGGAAUAGCUAUGUGCAGAUACAGAUGUGUUCAUGAGAAAAGUUGCGCAAUCAAGUGCUGGGUGUUGGACAACAACACUUAGUGAUAAAUCACAUAAUAAUACUAUAAACGUCUCACUACUAUUUCUAUAAAAAAUGAAUUCUAUUCGCAAAUUCUCUGCUUUGAAUUCGGUUCUGAAUUUCAUUUAAUUUUUAUGCCGUGCAGCUCUUCUAUUUUUAUGAACACAGCUGUAUAUGCAAAUUAUAGGCGGGGCUUUCGAGUAUAUUAUGCAUACAAAAACACACACACACACACACACAUGCAAACAUACCCACACCUGCGCAUAUAUAGUUAACAGUAUUUCUGGUGCGAAUUUAGUAGGAGAAUCAAAUUGAAGAUGUCAAAAGAGAACACUUUGUUGGCCACAAACACACGCUCAGAUACACACACACAGCCGGACAGUCACUCACACACACUCACACACACACACACUCGCAUUUGUAUAUCAUUAGAAUUGUAAAAGCUGUGAUCAACAUGUUGGAAACAAAGAUGUAGAAAAGAAAAACGUAAACAAGUUUAAAAAAAAAAAAGCUAAUCUAAUCACAUCCUGCUUACGACACACC